AUGAAAUGUAUUAAAAUCAAAUAGAUAAAGUGUAGAAGAACAUAAAAACUUGAUUAAUAACUUCUAUUAUUAAAUAUUCAAAAUCUAAUAAUUAUCAAAUAGUAAUUAAUUGUAUUUUAAUAAAAACACUGUAACAAUCCUAGCAAGUAAAAGGAUUUGCUAUUUAUAAAGCAGUAUUGGCAGCAAAACUCACAUAUAUUUAUCUUAUAAUUAGUCCUUACUAAAUAGAGCUAGAGGAUGAUUGCCAAAUAAACAGUUUUAUUAAAUAGAUUUAAAGAUUUAAAAUAAAAAAAUGAGUAUCAUUCUUAUCUGAAAUCAACAAGCUUUCUAUGGAAUGUUUCUAUAUUCUUUAUUGAUUUAUAUGUUGUAUCUACAUACCAGAUAUGGCUUGCUUUAAAUUUAAAUCCAUACAGCAUGUACAUAAUAUUAGGCAUAUCACUUGAGUUCAUUUAUUUAGUAAAUCUCAUUUUAAUUAUUGCUAUAAAAAAUAAAUCAAGCAAUAUGCGAUAUUACUUCUUUACUCAUCUGAAAUUCAACAGUAUUUAUUCAAGUUCUUUAUCGUUGAUGAAUCUUAUAUCUUUAAUUCCUACUCAUCUGAUAAUAAUUGUGUAUUUACAAAAAUAAGGAUAUACUGAUAUUUAAUAGGAUAUGAAUUUUCCUAAAGCUCUCAACUUAGCUCUAUUAACAAAGCUUCUAAGAUUUUUAAAUAUAAAAGAAUUCCUAUAUAAAUUUGAGCACUUAGUCAAAUUUCUAGAUUUUAAUAAACUCACUUUUUUUAGAAUAUUUGUUUCUUUUUUUCAGCUUUUGUAAAUUACUCAUUUAUUUGCUUGUUGUUUUGUCUUCUAUAAUAUAUACAUAGAGUCUGGCUACUUUUCUGUGACUUCCUAUGAUAUUUCGGGUAAUUAUAUGAAAUAUGUAGUGGGAUUAUAAUGGGCAGUUGAAUCUAUGAUAGGUUCUAGCUUUGGUGAUGUUUAUCCUCCUACAGAUGGUGAAAUAUUCUUGACAUUUAUUUCUAUGAUUGCUGGAGGUGUAUUUUAUUGUAAAAUCUUUUCUGAUUUUAGUAGUCUUCUUUAAAUCAGUAAACAGUUUACUCUUGAACUAAGACAGAAGUAAAAGUAGGCUUACUUACUUGCAAACAAUAAAUAAGUCUCUUAAAAAACAUUUGACAAAAUAUAAAAUUUUUAUAACAACUUUGAAGAAGGAUAAAAAAUAUUAAUGUAUUAUAGCAUAAUAAAAGAACUUCCUUCUCAAUUAAAGCAUGAGGUGGAAUUAAAAUUUUAAUAGAACUUAGUACAAAAUGUGUAAAUAUUUAAUUUGGGAUAAACUGAGUUUGUAGCUAAAAUUCUCAAAAAAAUGUAUCCUAAAGUAGCUUUAAAAGAUGAUUUUGUAUUAAAAAUGGGAGAAUCAGCCUAAGACUUUUACAUUUUAGCGAAAGGCCGGGUAGAGAUAGUGAAUUAAGAUAAAAAGUAGGUGAUUAGAGUUUUAGAGCCAGGAGCUUACUUUGGAGAAAUCGCUAUCCUGAUAAGUUAAUAUAGAACAUGUUAUGUCAAAGCCCAGACUGAUUGCAUAUUUAUGUGCAUAAAAAAAGAUGACUUUUUAAAAAUUUUAAACAAAUUUCCAGAAAUAAAGGACUUCAUUCUAAGAGUUGGUUUACAAAGAAUGGGUGGAACUAAAAACUAUGAAGAUAUUUUUCAUAAUACUGAUAAAUGCUAAAUAAAUAAAUUGUCUCUGCAGGAAAUUAAAAAUACAUAAAACUCUAACCAUUCACAUAUCGAAAGAGGACAUUUAUAGGAUACCAUUUAAAAUAAUUAUUUUACCAACGCAGAUUAUCUGAACUCAAAAAGUCCUUAAAAUAAAUCAUAAAAAUAAUAUCUAAUCAAUGAACAAGCUAAAUUUAUAGGAGAAAGUAUAAAUAUCUCUUUCGAAAAUGAAAAUUUAAAGAGAAAAAUACAAGGAAUUCGAAAAAAAAAAGACUUAAAAGUCUUAGUCCUGAACUAGAAAGUGAUGAUGUACUGGGCUAUGGUUUUGCUUUUAGUUUUAACUUACAAUCUUUUUUACUCUCUUUACAGUGUUUUAUUUAGUGAAGACUUUGCUGGGGAUGUUCCUAUAGUUCUAGAAGCACUAAGUUUUUUAAUUAAUUUUAUUGACUCUCUUAUAUUCUCGUAACUUUCAACUUUUUCAAGAAAAGAUAAUGAAUUUAUUUUGAACAGAAAUAAAAUAUUAUUCAACUACUUAAAUAAGGAGUUUUUCUUUGACGUAUUAGCCACUGUACCUUUUUCUAACAUUUAUCAAUUAGUUUGCAGUGGGCAAGAGUUUGAAAAUAGCUUAAUUUAUAUCAGACUGUUUAGGCUAUUAAGAUUAAUCAAAUUUAGGAGAUUUUAGUAAUAUAUUUAUAUUUUGCAAGAUCAGUACAAAAUUAAUUUUAAGUAUGCAGCUUUAAUUAAACUUGCAUAUGUAUACUUUUUCCUCAAUCACCUAAAUGCUGGUAUCAUGUACAUACUUUGUAAAUAUGAAUAUGAUAAUAAUUUAAGCUACUCUUUAGGAGUUUAAAUGGAUGGUUAAUCAAUUGAAUAAGAAAGACCCUUUAUGAUUAAAAAUGUUUAUGUAAAUUUCCUGUAUUGGUCUUUCUGCGUUAGUACUCAAGGAGCAUAUGGAGAUAUAUGGGCUAUGAGCUCAUUAGAAAAGACAUACUAAAAUGUUACAAACUUACUUUUUAAGAUAUUUUUCUGUUUCUUGUUUGCAAAUUUAGCUUCAGUUACAGCUGUAUCGAAAAAUAAACUUGAACAAUACUUGGAGGAGGUAGACUCUUUUAAAUAUUGGUCUAAAUUGAUAGGGCUCCCUACUGAAAUUUAAAAUAAAAUUAUACAAUUUUACAAUAACAAGUGGUAUCAUCAAAAAGGUAUCGAAGAUAAAGAAUUAGAAGAAACCUUACUACCGGAUAACAUUAAAGAUAAAAUUUUGCACCAGAAAAUGAAAUUUAUCGUUAAAUUAAUAAAUCCGCUUCAAAAUUCAUAAUUAGAUAGUAUUUUAACACUAUUUCUUAAAAAAUUUGAGAAAAUUAUCAUCACAUAAGGAGAAUUUGUUUUCUAAAAAGGAGAUUUGGCUCAAGAAAUUUACUUUAUCGAAGAAGGGUUAGUGUAAAUAGUUAAUACUAACAACAAUGAAGAAGAAGUCUUAGCUGAAAUAAGUGAAUAUGGUUAUUUUGGAGGCUUAGAAUUUAUAAAUAUAGUUCCUUCUCUCAGAAAAGUUUCUGUAAGGGCUAAAACUAAUACAUCACUUUUUAUGCUUGAACUUGAUUAGUAUUGUCAAUUACUUGAAGAAUAUCCAUUUGCUAAAAUGUUUAUACAAAACAUCUAUCCACAAAAACAGACAGAAAACAAUAAAUAAAAGAUGUUUGAAGAUAGAAUCUUAAAAUAAAAUAGAAAUAAAAACUUAAUAGACUUAGUUGAUUUUAAAAAUUGCUAUGUUGAGAAUGAAGCUAACUUAAAUAAUUAAGAGUUUAAGUAAAUUCAUUAAAAACAGAAUGCCGCUGAGAAUUGCAAAAUGAAAAUAUAAUUAAUUAACCAAGAAAAAUAAAUCACAAUUAAUUAAUAAAUUCUAAAGAAUAAAAAUGAUAACUAAAUUUUGUUAUACAAUGAUCUGAUUAGUUCUGUUUGUUAAACUAAGGUGUGCUCAGAGUAAAGCUAUUUUUAUAAUUAACCAAAUACUCAUAAUCUUUAAGAUUUAUAAUCUACACAUCAAUAUUAGCAAAAUCCAUAACAAAUUGAGUUGAUGCGAUUUGAUAAAUAAGAAUCAAGCUAAAUAAAAGAAAGGACCUUUAACAUUUAAUAAGAUAACUAAAUAAAUUUAAAUACUGAAUUGAAUUAGAAACAAGAAAAUAAUGUAACUCAAUAAUAAUUAUAAAAAAUAAAUUUUAUUUAACUUUAAUAAAACGAUUAAAUUUUAGAGAACAUUAAUAAAAGUUAAUUAAAGUAAUAAGAACCAUAGUUAAUAGCUAUAUAAAAUUUUAAGUAACCAGAAUAAAUUAAAAUUUAGUAGCUCAAUUAAUCAGAAAGGAGAUUAAGUUUAAUUUAUUUUGAUGAUAGUAGUGAUUUUUAAAAUUAUAAAAAACUAUAAAAUGUAAAAAAUAAUCAAUUAAAAUUGAACACUCAUAGUAAUCUAAGCUAAGCUUAGAUUAGAGUAGAAAGUAAUAGCAGUCUUAGUCAAGAUAGUUAAAAUAACUUUCCAAAAAAAUAUAGACAAAAACGAUAGAAAAAACGUUUAAGCCAACUCAACUAAUAUAAAAUUAAUUAUUUAAAGAAGAAGAAAUAAAGCUUUUUAUUCGAAGAUUUACAACUGAAUGAUAUUAAUUAAAAACAAAAUAAUCAUUUUUUAUGCAAUUCUUCGUUUGGAGAUAAUUCAUAGAAUACGAACUUACUAAUAUCUAAAAAUAGUCUAACAAAUUUCAAUUUAGAUUAAUUAGAAAUAAUUCAUAACAUUAAGAAAUUUGACUCUGAUGAGUUUAAUUUUAAUUAAAAUGAUCUUUCAUUUUUAGAUUUAGAGAUGGAAUAAAACUAAAAUUUUGAGAAAAUACAAAGUUAUUUUGAUAAAAAUUUAGAAUUUUAGGUUCUAGUCGAUCGAAUUUGUGACCAAACUAAAUAGUAUAAUUCUUAGUUAACUGAUUAGGAAUUCUACGAAUUUGAAGAAAUUAUAGAAAUAAUUGGUAUAACUUAAAAUGAAAUUUAAGAAGAGAGUUAACUAAAUAAUAAAAUUAACUUAAGUGGAAUGUAUGAAUAAGAUAUUCGUAAUUUACAGUAGAAUCAAGAUCAAUCAUAAAUAAUUUCUAAUAUAAAUUCAAACUACUUAGAUUACAGUACAUUUAAUGAUAGCUAUUACUAAAUUAAUGAACUUGAUAAAAGCAUAUCUUAUUCUUAAUUCAGUUUUGAUUUAGAAGAACCUAUUAAAGAUGAUGACUGUAAAGAUGGAUUGUCAAAGCAAAUAAAUUAAAGCUAACUUUUAAAUUAAAAAAAUUAAAAAACCAAUAAGCUAAGAGAAGGAUUUCUUAUAAAGUUAUAUAAAGGAACAAUUGAUAGCAUAUCUGAAAUUUAAUAUGAUAGAUCUUAACUUUAAGUGGCUGCUGCUAAUAGAUUCUCAGAAAAUAAACACUCUUUAAAAAUUUUCUAAAAAAGAAAAGAGAAAGUUUUUAUAAAGAUUCUUUUAGAAAUUUUGAUAAUUAUUCCUUUUUGUCUGAUCUUCGAUUUGCUUUAAAUAGAAGGAAUAAGAACGAGGUUUGAGCUCAUAUUUCUUUAGUUAAUUAGAGUUAUUCCAUUUUGCAGAAUAUUCAAUGUUCUUUCAUCAUUAAAAAAAAAAAAUAUCUAUUUGUGUAGAGUUAUUGAAACUCUUUUAGUAUAUGUUUUAUUCUGUCAUUUACUUGGAAGCCUAUUUAUAGUUUUAGGAAAAAUAGAAACAGAUUUUAACGCCUCUUGGAUGAUUAAAGUUCCUGCUCCACAAGCUUAAUUUCCAAAUAAUAUAAGAAUUCAAUUAUCAAUAAGCAAUAGAAGUUUAUACUUGCAUGCUAUAUAUUGGGCAUAUGUAACUACAUCUCAUGUGGGGGUUGGAGAUGUAACUGGAGUUAAUUUAAGAGAAAAGAUUUUUAGUAUUUUUGUUAUGUACAUAUCAACCUUCACACAUAUCAUAAUAUUUGGAAAUCUUGCCUCUAUGGCAAAAGAAGCUGCUUUCAUGCUAAAGAUUAAACUUGAUUAAAAAUAUGAAAAAAUAUUUUAAACUGUUAGUCUUUUGAAUGUUACUUCCUUUAAUAUAUAAGUUGAAAGUUAUAUAAAGUUUAUUUGGAAUGACUCUUAUGGCUUAGAUGAAAAUCAAAUUUUAGAGAAGUUGCCUUUUUAUUUGAAAGUUGAAAUCCUCAAAAAACGAUACAAAAAAUGUAUAAAUAAAGCAUUUCUUUUCAAAUCUAAUUCCUGGUAAGUGGAUAUGAACAUUGUUCACUCAAUUCUGAGAUUUAUGAAAGUCAAAAUAUUCUUAACAAAUGAUAUAAUUGCAGAAGCAGGCAAGUCUUACCAAGAUUUGUACAUCUUUUUACAAGGAAAAUAUGUUGCCUAUCAAUUAAAUGGCAAAAAAGCAUAUGAGGCACACGCAGGAGGUUUUUUUGGAGGAUCUUAAACUGAUUUACCUCUAACAUUAUAUUAUCAAGCCAAAAAUAUCUGCAAGGUAGGAGUUAUAGACAAAUAGUAUGUGAAAUAUUUAAAACAAGUAUUCCCCGAUUGGUAUGAAAAGAUAAUGGGCAAGUAAAAAAAAAACUAUUAAAGCUAUCUUCUAGAUUUAAGUUAUUUCUAGGAUUGUUAUGUAUUUUCCUAACAAUAAACCUAAAAUAGAUAUAUCAUGAACAAUAAAAAUCAUUUAAUAGAUUAUCACUACAGUGAAAAGCUUUUAGAUCACUAUAAAUAAGUGGCAUCUAACUUUUUUGAAGUAGAAGUGGCAAAUAAUUCACAUGAUAACAAUAAUAAUUUACAAAGCAUUUAAAUUUUAAAUUAAAUUAAUACAUCUGAUGAAGAUGAUUUUGAAAACGCAGAAUAAAUGAAAAACUAAGAGGAAUUUGAUAGCAACAUUAAAUAUUCUUAGAAAGAAAUUGAAGGAAUCAAAUAAUGGAAAAAAAGAAUAGCUGAAAGAAACAUAAGUAUAGCGUGGGAUAUCUCAAAUAUUUCUGUUCAUAAAAGCUAAAGCCAAAUUGAAAAUAAUGUAUUGAAAAAUGGAUCUUUUGAUAAACCCUAUAUUAUUUGUCUGCCAUAUUAAAAAAGCUCAGAUUAAUCUUUUUAAAAUAACAAAGACAUGAUUAUUCUCCAUUUUAAUUACAUAUACAAAUUAGCCUUCAUUAAAGAUAAUGAGUAUAACUACUUCUUACAUCCUUACUCUUCAGCUUCUUAUUAUGUCUAAAUUAUCAACCUUAUUUUCACGAUUUAUAGUCUUAUUUUCACACCUAUUUAUGUCUUUUUCGGGCUUUAAAUUUCUAUUUUACCUUUAGUCUUUGAGAUUAUUCAUACUAUGUAUUUGUUUGUUGAACUCUUUAUAGAUUUGAGAACGCCAUACUUCAAACAAGGAUUGUUGGUAGCAAAUAGUAGAAAAAUUUUUACUUAUUUAUGGGAAAAAAAGAACUUAAAACUAAGACUAACUUGUUUAUUUCCUCUUAAUAUUAUUCUUUGGUAAAUAAGCUAAGAUUAUCAAGAGAGAUCUUUUACCUUAAAACUUGUUUUCGUUUUACUCAGAGGCAUACGAUUAUUAUAAAUAUUUAAUUUAGAUGCUAUUCUUGUUAGAAUUUAAACGCAUAAUAAAUCUAAACAAAAAGCACUAGGCAUGCUUGUAGGUUUUUUGCAUGUGUUAAUUAUGUGGCACUAUUUUUCUUCACUAUGGGUUUGGUAUGCUUACAACAUCUCAGUUCCUAAUUUUCCUGAUUUAAAUUGGGUCUUGGCAAAUAAUUUACAAGAUGCUGAUUUAAUUAAAAAAAUACUCAAUGGGCUUUUUUUUGUUAUGAGUAUUGCCACAACUUGUGGAUAUCCAACGAUGAAAUCUAAUAAUGACAUAGAGAAAAUAUUCUUCAUAUUUGCUAUUUAUUUUGGAGAUGCAAUUAUUGCCUAUGAUUUUGGUUUGAUUGCUACCCAGUCAUUACUUUUACCAUAGAAAUACUAAGAGAUAGACAAAAAAAUUAAGUAAUUUAAAAUAUUGCUAAAUAUUGGUAUUGAUCACAGUAAAAAUAGCAGCAUAAUAAAACUUAACAAAAAAAUUGAACUUUCAUAUCUAUACAAACUAUACUCAAAUUUAUAUGUCGAAUAAUAGCUGAAAUCGAUAUAGUAUUUGAUACCUUAAACACUGUACGACCAAUUAUUUUAAAGUCAUUAAUCUAAUUAUCUACAAAAGAUACCAAUAUUACUGGAGCUUUCUAAAUCCAUUCACUUUAGAAAUAUUUAAAAGCAUAUUGAACUUAAAGUUUUUUUACCAUAUGAUUUUGUAACUAAGAAGGAUUCUUAAAACAGUUAUUUGUGUUUUGUAAGCAAAGGUAAUGUGAAUAUUCUUUCUCCCAAAGAAAAUGCAGUUAUCUAAGUAUUAAAUGAAGGUGACUUUUUUAGCUAAGUUACUUUAACUAAAUAUGGUAAAAGCUCUUCUUGUCCCAUUUACACAUCAAACAUUGCAGAGAUAGUUUAAAUUAAGCAUAAAAACGUUAGGUUGAUGUUUCAAAUUUUCCCAGAGUUUAAAAACACAAUUUAUAAAUAUGCAAGGAAAUAAAUUUGUGUGCCUGUUACAUAAAAUUAAAUAAAGUUGAAUCUGCUUAGUAAUUAUAAGGAAUAAGCUUUAUUGUAAGUAAAUAAAUAUUAUUCAGGUCAUCUGAAUAAAGGAAAAAGAGAUUUAAAUAUGAACUCGAAUAUUUUUCUACCCAAGUUUAUGACUCAGAGUGAUAAAUAUUGA